UCAUUGCUGAAGUCCAGCUGUAACCCAAUCACUAUCAACUUCACCUCCAGCUUCAUCAUGUGAUUAUCUGUCUCGUUGUACCAAUGCGGCAAUGCUUCUGAAACCAAACAUAGCCCACUUAAAAACCUGCCCCCUUCUAUUUUUAAUUGGGUUUUUACUCUGCAAGAAUUUCCAUGGCUUCCUCACCAUCACCGGUCAAGCUUCUUAUUUUCGGUUUAAUGAUAUACAUUUCUUUGAGUCCAAAGGUUCAAGCUCAGGUUGAUGAGGCAAACUUGAAGCUUAUGACAGAGACGAUUGAAUGGCCGUUAUCAAUGCCUCAUGUGUACGAAGAGAGUUUGGAUGAGAAUGAAGAGGAAGAUAGUUUAGAGGAUGAUGAGGAAGGUGAGUUUGGUCGUAGAUCACUGUUCUGGCAUACAAUGAAGUACUACAUUUCGUAUGGAGCUCUAGCUGCUAAUCGAAUUCCAUGUCCGCCUCGCUCUGGAAGGUCUUACUACACUCACAACUGUUACAAGGCUCGAGGUCCGGCGCACCCUUACACUAGAGGUUGCUCUUCCAUCACUCGUUGCAGGAGAUGAGAAUUAAGAUCGAAUGUAUGUUCGAUUGUGUGUGUGUGUUUUAUAUUUAGUUUGUACUCAUAAGUACAUGUUUGUUUUACUUUCAAAUGUUGAAGAUUUGAUGAGUAAUACUUGGACGAGUUCUGGGUAUUAGUGCAGUUUGGAAAGUUUCAUGCUGUAUUAGGACGUGCUUAAACAACUUAUUCUAAACUAAGACUGGUUUUUGCUGAUUAAUUAAUGCGGUUCUUUACUUU